GCGUCAGACAGUUGCCGCGAGGAGGUGACUCGUCUGCGGGAACAAGAGAAGCUUCUGAAGGGCCAACUUCAGAAACAGGAAAACCUCCUACACCGACUGCAACUGCCGAACCAGCCUGGCAAAGAGGACAAAGCCAGACCGGACCAAAGCCUGGACACCGAGUACACAGACUGCUCCCAGCUCUUUAGUUCUGGCCGCGAAUCCAGUGGUUUCUACUCCAUCAAACCCCGUGGCAGCCCUUUCCCUUUCAGAGUCUACUGUGAUAUGAGUGAUGGAGGAGGUUGGACCGUCAUUCAGCGACGGAUCAAUGGAACAGAGAGUUUUAACAGAUCGUGGGCAGAGUAUAAGGAUGGUUUUGGAGACAAGGAUGCAGAGUUUUGGCUUGGAAAUGAUAACCUGCAUUACAUUACCACACAAGGAAAUUAUUCACUGAGGAUUAACCUGGGAGACUUUGAUGGUAACCAGCGCUAUGCAGAGUACAAGAACUUCCAAGUGGCCAAUGAAAAGGAUCACUAUCGACUUGCCUUUGGGUCCUAUGUAGGUACAGCUGGAGAUGCUUUAUCUGGAAGUUAUCAGGUAGGUGCGUCAGAGUGGGCCAGUCACCAGGGUAUCAAAUUCAGCACCCACGACCAGGACAACGAUAACUACAAAGGAAACUGCGCACAGGAAGACAAUGGAGGCUGGUGGUUCAACAAGUGUCACUCAGCCCAUCUUAAUGGAAUGUACUACCCCAAGGGGCACUACAGUGCUUUAACAGACAACGGUGUAGUUUGGUACACUUGGAGAGGAUGGUGGUACUCCCUGAAAACAAGCUCCAUGAAACUGAGACCCAUGGACUUCAAAAUGGAUCCCAUUGACGACGCCAAUGCUGUACAUCCCAGACCAACUUCCUAAAUAAGACAUGUGGAGAUAUAUACAUGUCUACAUGGCUUGAUUAUUUUUGGAGCUAAGCAAACCUCUCAAAUCCAUUUGGACUUGUUCGCACACUAAGCACUUAACAAUCCCACUGACACCUUUAAAAAAUAUGCUUCCUGGUUUAUCUGGAUGGAGUAGAGUAGCUGUAACUAAAAUAGUAAAUGUAGCCAAGAUGAACCACAGAUUCAAUUACACAUAUGUCUGAAAUGGUUUAAAUGAAACAUUGUGCUAACAAUAUUCUAACAUCUUUAUAGAAAAUAGUUGCUCAUAUGACGACACACUUGUAAGAUGACUUGUGAAACCGUGUGCCUGUUUUAGAGACAUGAAUGUUGUAAGGGGGAAGUAACUUGCACACACAGCUGUCUGUUUUGCAGGAUAAAAGUGAAAUUGAGGCAGAAUGAUUGUCUGAAGGCAAGUGAAAGCAGCCAUUAUCAUGUCAUUGAAAAAGGCUGUAAUAAGAACUUAAGUGUUCUCUUUAUACAGCAAUAUAUGAUAAUAGGAGCAGCAGAGCCCAGUACUGGGAAUUGGCCCAAAUGUUAUGAUACAUAAGUUGUUCACACAAACAGUUGAAUAAAAAGAAUGCUAUUAUAUGAAUGAAAGCAAAGAACGGUAGACAUAACGUAUUGUUAUUUUUCACGAUGUUACAGGUAAAGCUAUCUUUUAGAAUUGCAGUAUACAUUGUGCUUGUUAUCAAACAUGUUGAUUGUGAACAUAAAUCCAGCUAUAUCCAUGCCAUUUGCAUUUUUACCAUAUUUCACAUAAUAAAACCAAAAAAC